AUGAUUAAUUGUUCUUGUGGAGAUAAAGUGAUUGCUGCUAUGACUGUUGGAAAGGAUGUGUCGUCAUUGUUCACAGACGUGGUGAAUUGUAUGCAGACAGAAAAUUUGGAGCUGGAAAAGUUGGUCUACUUGUAUUUGAUAAAUUAUGCAAAGAGCCAGCCUGACCUUGCUAUACUGGCAGUAAAUACAUUUGUGAAGGAUUCUCAAGAUCUAAAUCCUUUAAUUCGUGCCUUAGCUGUGCGGACAAUGGGGUGCAUUCGUGUGGAUAAAAUUACCGAGUAUUUGUGUGAUCCCCUUCAAAGAUGUCUAAAGGACGAUGAUCCAUAUGUUCGCAAGACAGCAGCCAUUUGUGUAGCAAAGCUCUAUGACAUUAACACAAAGUUAGUUGAGGACAGGGGAUUUUUGGAAUCGCUGAAGGAUUUGAUAUCUGAUAAUAAUCCAAUGGUGGUAGCUAAUGCUGUCGCGGCACUUGCUAAAAUUCAGGACAAUAGCAGUAGACCCAUCUUUGAGAUCACUAGCCACACACUGUCAAAGCUCCUCACUGCAUACAAGGCUGCUGAUGCGCGUGAGGCAGAGAACAUUGUAGAAAGAGUUACGCCACAGUUACAGCAUGCCAAUUGUGCAGUUGUGCUAUCGACUGUUGAGAUGAUCCUUCAACAAAUGGAGCUCAUCACCAGUACUGAUGUGGUCCGGAAUCUUUGCAAAAAGAUGGCCCCUCCUCUUGUGACAUUACUCUCAGCAGAACCUGAGAUACAAUAUGUUGCCCUGCGAAAUAGCAAUCUUAUUGUACAAAGAAGACCGACAAUUCUUGCACAUGAAAUUAAGCCCAGUUUGUAUAUUUAUGGUAGUAUCUUAAUAGCAGAUAGUAUUGAGUGGCCUAGUGGAGAGAGUUUAGUUGCAUAA